GGCCAGGCGGAAGCGGCGCCGCGGCCACGUGGGCGUGUGGCGGGAUGGCGCGAGCUGUGCGCGUGCUGCGCUGCGCGGCGGGAUCGGGAUCGGGAUCGGGAUCGGGAUCGGGAUCGGGAUCGGGAUCGGGAUCGGGAUCGGGAUCGGGAUCGGGAUCCGGCCCCGGCCCCGGCCCCGGCCCCGGCCCCGGCCCCGAACAGGGGCCGCGGGUCCGGUUUGGGCCCAGCCCCACAGGUUUUCUGCAUUUAGGUGGCCUUAGGACUGCUUUGUACAAUUAUAUCUUUGCCAAAAAACACCGAGGGACCUUUAUUUUAAGAGUGGAGGAUACAGAUCAGAAUCGGGUGGUGCCCGGAGCAGCAGAAGGAAUAGAAGAUAUGUUGGUCUGGGCAGGUAUUCCCCCGGACGAGAGCCCCGGGCGCGGCGGCCCCGCCGGGCCCUACGUGCAGUCGCUGAGGCUGGAGCUGUAUGGCCAGGCCAGCGCAGCUCUGCUGGCCAGCGGGGCUGCCUACCGCUGCUUCUGCAGCCCCCAGCGCCUGGAGCUGCUCCGCAGGGACGCUCUGCGCAGCCAGCAGACCCCGCGAUACGACAACCGGUGUCGGCACCUGACGCCCACAGAAGUGGCCCAGAAGCUGUCCCAGGGCCUGGACUGCGUCAUCCGCUUCCGCCUGGAGAAGGGAGUGGAACCCUUCCAGGACCUGGUCUAUGGCUGGAACAAGCAUGAGGUGGCAGAGGUGGAAGGUGACCCCGUGAUUCUCAAGGGGGAUGGCUUCCCCACGUACCACCUGGCCAACGUGGUGGAUGACCACUACAUGGGCAUCACCCACGUCCUGCGCGGCACCGAGUGGCUGGCUUCCACUUCCAAACACCUGCUUCUCUACAAAGCCUUUGGCUGGGAGCCUCCUCAGUUUGGCCACCUCCCGCUGCUGCUGAACAAGGACGGUGGCAAGCUGUCCAAGAGGCAGGGGGACAUCUUCCUGGAGCGCUUUGCUCGGGAUGGCUUCCUGCCAGAGGCCCUACUGGACAUUAUCACCAACUGCGGCUCGGGGUUCACAGAGAAGCAGAUGGGAAGGACUUUGGAGGAGCUAAUCUCCCAGUUUGAAGUAGGCAGAAUUACAACCCAUUCUGCUCUCCUUGACCUGGAGGCGCUCCCAGAAUUCAACAGGGUUCACCUCAGCCGUCACAUUGAGAACCAGGAGCUGCGCCAGAAGCUCGUUAGGGAGCUGCAGGGGCUGGUGGAGCUCGUCUAUGGGGAUCAGCAGGUGGAUCCUGAUGUUCUGGAAAAUGAAUAUGUGGAGCGAGUCCUCCUGCUGAGAAAAGGUCACAUAAGCCUCUUGAAGAAUCUGGUGUCCAGUGAUUACUCUUACCUGUGGGUCAGGCCCUCAGUGUCCCGGCAGCAGCUACAAACAAUUUCUGCAGAAGUAGAUGAAAUAGGAAAACUGGUCAUAGGGCUCAUGACAAGGCAGGGAGCUGCCUUCACUGUGGAGGAGUUGAACAAAGGCCUGAGAGAUCUCCAGAAGCAAACCAGAGACACCAAGUACAGCAGCAUGAUGCAGCUCCUCCGCUUGGUGCUCAGCGGGCGGCAGCACGGCCCGAGUGUUGCUGAGAUGAUGGUGACUCUGGGAGCUGAGGAGGUGUGUGGCAGGAUCCACAGAGCACUGUCCAGCUGACAUGGGACGUCAGUGACGCUCACUUGGAUGGUGCAGGUGGCACCUGCGUGAUCAUCUCUGAGCUGGGUUUGAGGCCAGGCAGGUGCCUGUGCUGCUCCCAUGUCUGAAGAAACCUGCACUAAGCACAAACCAGUUUGGGACAAGAACCAAGUCCAGAUUCAGCUCCAUCCUGCUGUCGCCUUGUACAAGGAGCCUGGUUUGCAGGGUGGGACAAGAUGACAUGAAUCAGCAUUUAAAUUCAGACCAUGUGGACAGAAAAUAACUGAACUUCUGACAGCAGCAGAUCAGAUUCUUUUUGGAGAGGGCAGCACAGUUAGGGUACCUACAGCUACAAAACACAGUUCCCCAAUAAAUACAGUGGGGAGAUAUAUAUAUAUAUAUAUAUAUAUAUAUAUAUAUAUAUGUAAACAUAUAUGUUAUAGCUGCUGCCCUCUUAGCUGCCCUGGUGUCCUGCCAGGCUGAGUGAGCUGCUCAGAAGGCAGUUUCCUCCCUGUGUACUGUGUCAUGCACGUGGUUCUGCUAAAAAUACCCCUGAUCAGGAGAUUGGGAUGUUUGUUCCUCUUUUGUCUGACGCCCUUUUAAUUAUUAAAUUAAUGUGGUGACUUUGA